AUGUUGUUCAACAACAACCAUUCCGUCGCCCAGGGUUACGUCGAGGACGAUGACGACGACCAGGAGUAUCUCGCGCAAGCGAUGCGCGAGCGCGAGGAGGAAGUGGAUCCGGUCCAAAUUCGCAUGACGAUGCCAAUCCGCCUGAGGGUCCCAGACGCGCUCGAGACAGGAAUCGACAUCACACCGUCUGCCCUUUCCGAUCUGUUGUCCGCGCCAAAGCCAGACCCGCCUCGACCAGCAGAGCGCGCCAAGGGCCCUGCAGGCAACCCAUUCCCAACCGUGUGUUUCGACGCGCCGCUCAUCAACCAUCCCCAUCAUCACCGGCUUAAAUGUGGACACGACAUCAUCACAACCGAAAUCGAGGUCUGCGGUAAGAAUUGCAUGCAACUGGCCAAUGGCGGACCUGUGCCGACUGAACAUCCUUUCCGGUGUCCCUCCAGAAAGUGCCUCACCAAGAUCAGCCCGCUGCUGCCAAAGGAUCGGAAGCCUCUUCGUCGCUUUGCUAGACUCAGCCGAGUCCGAGGCAAUGACGAGCGCGCUGACGAAGAGCGACGAAACGAACUAGAGAAGCCAAAGGUCGCUCGGAAGAAGCCAGAGGUAGGACCAUCGGAUAGCGAGACGCCCGAGAUUCUGCGUGCGACCCGCCAUAAUACUCAGAACGUAGACAAGGCAGAAGAACUGAAUGCGUUUAUCGAUGCGAACCCUAGCUGGAAGGUCCUUUACGACUUCUCUGGCCCCGGCACAAUGGCCAAACUGGAUGGCAAGUACAUGACCAAGAAAGAUUUCGCAGCACAUUUUGUGAACAAGAAGAUGGCGAAGUCCUUGUACGACCUCCAAAUCGCAAAUAAGGAGUUCAUGUCCGAGGAGGCUAAAGAGGCGUUGAGGCGGGCGUAUGAAGAAGAGCAAAAUGCUGCUGCGCACCAAGACGAAGAGGCAGAAGGUUCCUUCCUCAACGGACUCUGCGACUGCUGCGGAGGACGUCUUCUCGGAGUCCGAUUCACAUGCCAGGAAUGCGCGGACGUCGACUUCUGUAACGGGUGCUACAUGUUACGUCGCCAGACCCAUGACGAGGAGCACUCCUUUCGCAUGUAUGGGCAUGCGAUCGGUACGAAAGAGAUCGCCGCUGGGGCUGAUGUUGAUGAGUCGCAGGCACAAGACGACUCGACGCCUGACAACACGGCUGAGAGUCGCAAUGCCAAGCAAGACGCAGGGGUGAAGAGCAAGGCUUCUGUUCGCGCUGAGUUGAUUGCAAAGGGUCGCAUCCAGAAGGCAAACGUCAAGAAGGAGGAGCGCGCCCACAUGCCACGCUUACAAACGCUGCGUCGACAGCAGAUGCUUCAAGCUAAGACCGAUGCUGAGAAGGAAGCUAUUUGGGCAAAGUUUCAACGGGUCAUUGAUCAACAGGAAAGCCAGGAUGUCAACUCCGGCGAGUCCAGUCAAGCGAAGGACAAGGAUGGAGACAUGAAGAUGUCGGGAGGCCAAGGAGAUGCAUCCUCCCAACAAGCGAAUGCAAAGCCAAGCUCGGAAGCGAGCAACACGAAGAUCCACCCAGAACAAGAGGUGGAGCUAUUUGGCGACGUCGGUACUGGUGCUGGCAACUGA